CAUAUGCAAUUUUCAAUUUUCUUCUUAGUUAUAUAUUUUGAAGAUUUCAAAGAAAAUGUUUGCGUCGACUGGUCUUUUCCGUGAUAUUCCGUGUUCUUACUUUCUGUUUGGUCUUUGUGAAAGACCUUACUGCCAUUUCAAGCAUUCUAGGCAAGAUGAAGCCAAAGCACGGAUAGAGGCAGAGAAAUCUGCUUUACAAAAUAAAGAAGCAGAUGGUGAGUACAAGCCGCCUACAUCUUCACUUCAGAGAACACUGCAAGACAUUGAAAAUAGCAUAAAGUCAGAGAAAAGAAAACUAGGUGGUCAUGAUGUCUCAGACAAUGGUGAAGCUCAAAAGUCAAAUCAGAGUACAUUGAAAAACAAACCAACUGGAACUCCUGAAUAUAAUCCCACCCCCAUUAGAGAGCUAAAGAAAAAAAGAAUUGAAGGUAAGUUAGGGCGUUCCAAGUAUGAUUUAGCUUUGCUUGAUGACCCAGCAACAGAUGGGGAAUAUGAUCCAGCGAGUAACUUCUCUACUGGAAGCAAAUCUUCUGCAGAGGCAACUAACAGUAAUAGUUUUGAAGAAACAGAAGCAGAUUUAGGUUCCAUUCCAGAUUAUGCAAAACAUUUACACGGCACUAAAAGACCAGCCGAAGAAGAUACUGAAGAAGAUGAAAGUCCUUUGGCAAAAAUUCCAAAAUUUGUGUCAGUUGAAUACACUCCAGCAGUAAAUGAUUCUGUUGAAUUCAGUGAUGAAGAACCUUUAGGUGAGAAAGAAGACUGGUUUUCAGAUGAAGCAAGUAAUAAAGGAAGUGAAAGUGGUAAUGUCUCUGAAGCAGAAAGUACUGAUAUGACAAACAAAACAAACCAGUCUAGUAGUUCAGUAAAUGAAGAAAAGAAAACAGAAGAUAGCAAAAAUUUGUUACCUAUAGAAUUUACUGCCGAUGGAUUUGUAAAAAGUGCUUAUAUAGAAAAACAUGGAGAGAAAAAAGACAAAACUAAAGCUAAUAAUAAGAAUAAAUCGGUCAGAAAAGAACAUGAUAAACGUAAGGAAGAUACUUUAUUUAAAAAGACUGCUUCUGGGAAAGAAACUUCAAAAGUCAGUUCUGUGGAUGAGGAUGCAGAAGACAUUAAUUCAAGUGAAAAACACAGACCAGAUGUAAAUAUAUUUAGUUUAUUCAAAGAAGAGUUUGAUAGUGCAUUAGAAAAUUGUGCCACGCCUUCAAAGCAGGAUGACAGUGGUAGUACACCUAAGGUGAAAUUAAAAUCAAAUGACUCUAAAAAUAGAUCAAAAUCACCUGUGCCAAAAUUGAGCAAAGUUAGUGACAAUACACAUGGAUCUAAGUCAAGCUGGAAAGAAAAACAUGACAGUUUGAAAGUAAAGAAAACUGAAGAAGAUGACACAUCCAAACAUAAAACAAAAUCUUCCUCAGAACAUAGACAUUCUUCAAAAACUUCAGAUAGUAAGCAGAAUUCAGCUAGUCACUCAAAAAGAGACAGAGAAAAGGCAAACGGAGCUAUCACUGACAAACAUAAACAUGAAUCAUCAAGAAAAGAGGACCUGUCCAUAUCGAAACACAAAUCAUCAUCAUCGUCAUCAUCAUCAAAACAUAGGGAAUCUUCUUCAUCAAGAGACAAGCAUUUGGAAUCAGACAGCCAUCAUUCUUCAGUAAAACAUGGCAGUUCCACUUCAAAAUCAAGUCAUGACUCAUCAAAACUCAACAGUCACCAUUCUAAGGACCAUAAAAAAUCAGAAAGGCAUUCUUCUAAAAGUGGUGAGAAACAUUCUCAUAGCAGUUCAAAACAUAAGCAUCAUUCAGAGAAACAUGGUAAAUCUUCUGGAUCUAAAUCAGGGAGUGAAAAGUCAAAUAAAAAGAAAAAACAUAUAGUGAAUCUGGAUGUGGAUUUAUUUGGUGUGGGAAGUGAAGAUAGUCCUUACAGGCAUGUUGUCGAUGACGAUGACCUGUCGGAUUUAGACAAGUAUUUCAUGGAGGAUGAUCCCUUUGAUGAAUGUCUGAAGAUCUUCAAUGAGGGAGCUGCCAACAAACCGUCCACUAGUGGUGAAGGUGACAGAAAGAAACUGAAAAAGUCAUCAGACCAUGAUGACAUUCCAACAGCUGUUGCAGGAAAGAAGAGAAUUGCUUUAAAACAGAGUGACCCUUCUGAGAGGAAAAAAACUGUGUCUAAUAAACCAGCACCGAAACCAUCACCUGCACAGGUAAUGAUGAAUAGAUACAAGAUGAUGCAGGACCGUAUACUGCAAGCUGAACAGGAAAGUAAAGAGAAAAUGAAGGUCAAGGUCAGACAGAUAUCACAACAAAAUGCAGUGAAAGCUUCGACAUCUACUGGGCCAUCGAAACCAAACCUUGCGAGUGCAUCGGCUACAUUUUCUACAUAUAUUGCCAACAAGAACAAGAAGACAACUGCUGUUACUGUUGCUAAAGGAAGCAAGAGAAAGGCUCACACACCAACAGUGCCGAUUGCCAAAUUGAAGCGUCCCACUGUUGAAGUGAGUACAAGUUCCAAAGUUGGAACCAAUGUACGCCAGAGGUACCUUAAUCAGUUUAUUGAUGAAAUACUCAAAAUAAACCCAAACGAAGAAGAAGCAUUUAAAAGGGGUAAGGAAGAAGAAGAAGCAGUAUAUAAACGCUGUUCCAAUAAACAAAUCUACCUCAACUGUGCUGUGAACACAAUUAAACGACUACGCAGUGAACUUGAACAAAAGAAAUCAGGGAGUAAACCAGUAUCAACUCCCAAGAAAACCUCUCAUGCAACAAUCCUUGAUGGUGCUGGUGCUCACAAAACAACUUACACUCUUCAUAGGUCUGGUGGAGCAGCUAAACUCCGGGAGGAGGACUUUACUGGCGCAGAACUUUAUAAAAAGUUGCUGUCAUAUGUCCUGACUGAGGAUCAGUUAAGAGAGAACAACUUUCCUAGACCUGAUCCAGACAAAGGUGGCACAGCAAUAUUUUAUGGUGAAGUGAAAAAGUCACAGAAAGGAAGCACUAAGGGUUAUGAGAAGUUGUGUGUACGAUGUGGCAAAGUCUUCGAGGUGUAUCCAAAUGGAAAAUACGCAGUGAAACAGGAAUGUGUAUACCACUGGGGAAAGGCAUGGAAAAAGAAAAUUGCUGGUUCUAUAGAAACAAGGUACACCUGUUGUCAGGGAGAUCUUGCUGCAGAAGGGUGUCAGGUUGCCAAGCUACAUGUACAUGAAACAAACAAAAUGGAGAACAUGUCCGGCUAUAUGAAGACAAUACCCUGCUCCCCGCCCAUUGAUGGGGACUAUGGUGUCUAUGCACUGGAUUGUGAAAUGGUGUACACAACAAUGGGUGUUGAACUAGCCAGAGUGACUGUAGUGGGAGCGGACCAGGAACCUGUGUAUGAAUCUUUCGUCCUUCCUGACAAUCCAGUUGUUGACUUUAACACAAGGUUUAGUGGUAUAACAGAUGAUGAUAUGGAAGAUGUACAUACAAGUCUACGUGAUGUACAAGCCGUACUUCUCAGCCUGUUCACUGAUAAAACAAUACUCAUGGGACACAGUCUGGAGAGUGAUCUAAUUGCUUUAAAGUUAAUACACAAUACCGUUGUUGAUACAUCCAUUGUUUUCCCACAUCGACUUGGUUAUCCAUUUAAAAGGGCAUUGAAGAAUCUCAUGGCAGAAUAUCUGAAGAAAAUUAUUCAAGAUGAUGUUGCUGGUCACGACAGUUUGGAAGAUGCAGUAGCAUGUGUACAGUUGAUGCAAUACCGACUGAAAGAGGACUCGAGAACAGAUGGCCGCCGACUUUCAUCAUGAAAUGUAUAGUUAAGUAAAACCGACCCAACUGAAAGAGGACUUGUGAAUGGAGGGACAUCGACUCUCGUAAUAAAACUUGAAAGCUGCUAUUGGUGCAUUAGAUAGGACAUAGAAAAUGGAUAUUUAUUGUUUUCUGCUAUUUUCAUGCUGUUGCCAUAUCUGAUUUUUGUGGCAACAGUCUGGAAAAGUAUCAGCUGAAAAGUUCCUACCUUUAUAUCUGUGAUAUAGUGCCAAAAUUAUUUACAAGAUUAAAAUUAUAGAUUUAGUGCUUCAUUGAUUUAGUGGUAAUUUAUUUUUGUUCAUUACUAAUGAUUAUAAUGGCAUGUCGAGAAUAGUAAAGUAAAUUAUGCGUUAAAAUACCGGGUAGGCCAUUUACUGAUGCUGAAUUAUAUAAUACAUGAAGAGAAGCAUAUUUCACUUUUGACCUAUUAGAUAUUUCGCUUUUGACAUAUUUCGUAUUUCAAAAGAAUUUAAACAGAAUACAUAUCAUAACGGAUUAAUCAUGAAGAAAAUGAUCUGAGAAAGUAUUACAUUUUUGGGGGACUAAAUUUUUGUGUGGAUUUCAUGGUUGUGUUAAUCCACAAAAUUAAGUCCACAAUAUUAGAUCCAUUGAACAUAUAAGCCCGCCCGCUUAGCUCAGUAGGUAAGAGCGUUGGUCUACGAAUCGCAGGGUCGCGAGUUCGAUCCUCGGGCGGGGCGUAUGUUCUCCGUGACUAUUUGAUAAACGACAUUGUGUCUAAAUUCAUUAGUCCUCCACCUCUGAUAAUUCAUGUGGGGAAGUUGGCAGUUACUUGCGGAGAACAGGUUUGUACUGGUACAGAAUCCAGGAACACUGGUUAGGUUAACUGCCCGCCGUUACAUGACUGAAAUACUGUUGAAAAACGGUGUUAAACCCAAAACAAAACAAACAAAAAACAAAA